AUGCCUGGUCUCAGCUUGAAUGACCGUGCUGCAUUGCAGAUGAGCAGCUUCCUGUUAGUCACGAGCUCCAUGCUCUCGGGUUUCACGCUUAAGAACUCGCCCUUCCGCACCUUCAGCAUCCUCAACUCCGAAAAAACAACCGUCAGCGGACUCACCCUCGACUCCAGUGCUGGUGACGGCACGGCCAAAAACAAGGACGGAUUUGACCUCAGUCGAAAUGACGGCGUCACCAUCACCGGCAACAAAAUCUACAAUCAGGACGACUGUCUCGCCAUGCAGCCCAGCACCAACACGGUAUUCAGCAACAACUACUGUAGUGGAGGCCACGGUAUUUCGAUUGGCUCGCUCGGUGGGGACUCCUUCACGUCAUCUGACACAGUAUCAGGUCUGACGGUGACCGGCAACGCAAUUGUCAACAGCAUCAACGGGAUCCGCAUCAAAACAAUUAUUGGUCUCAAAGGUCUCGUCUCCAACGCCAAAUAUACCAACAAUAAGCUGUCGAACGUCAAAAAUGCCAUCGUUAUCCACUCGGACUACAGCAAGUCCAAGGGAGGCUACACUGGCUCAGCCACUAGUGACGUGACGAUCCAGGGCGAGACUAUUUCGGGGCUGUCGGGGACGGCCACCAACCUGUUCGAUAUCGUGGCCAGCGCGAAGGUGGUGUCGGACUGGACGUUCUCGGACAUCACCGUGAGUGCGUCGUCGAAGGGAUCGUGCAGCGGCCAGCCGAGCUCCAUCACGUGCUAA